UUCCUGGGCACUAGCCAUAAAAAAACAUAUCUGUUUUGGCCAAACGUUAAAGGAAACAUACAACAUCUAAUUACGAAUGAUAAUAGCGUUCCGGAAGAAGGAUGGACGAAACAGGAGUGUCAGAUUAAGCGGCAAGGAUUAUCAUACGAAGCUGCUGAUUGCACUAUAAUGAUCAUGUCCGGCGAAUCAUCUACAGAUGCUGGAAAGCAACCGAUAUUAGCUAGUUGCAGAGAAACAACUUCAUACGCUGAUAUGUUUUCAACAAGAAUUGUGGAAAACUCUUUAACUCCAAUCCGCGUCGAGAAUGAAAUCGAUAUCUCCUCACCACCUACGUCGCCUCUUACACCAAGUUUGUCAGAAGUGGAUGAAUAUGUUGGUUCAGUUGUGGUAGUCCCAGAAGAAGUUUACGUGACAAGACGAUAAGAAAUACUAGAAGCCCAAACUAAUAUGUUGAUAGAGCUUCGUAAUGAGCAAAAGCAGAUUUUAAAAGAACAAAAGAAAAUAGUGAGUCGUAUCGGCAUAAUCGAAGUACAAUUAAAUACUUUACUUAAUCAUACCGAAGUAAGUACUUCUAAUCUUACUGGUUUUGACCAUCCAUUCGUAGAGAAUGCCGAAGAUCUGGAAAAAUUUGAAAAAGAUUUAGAUGAGGAAGAAUAUUAUACCCAAGUAGUAAGCUUACUGAAACAAAAAAAUAUUGAUAAAGAUAUAAACAACAGAAUGUUAGCAACCCUUGAUGCCCUUUUCGAUAGGAGUUUUUUAACAAAGUGCACAUGGACAGGUAUUUCUAAAUCAGGAACUAAAAUAGCAAUGCAUUCAUUUAAAAAUGUAGUAAAUCUUUGUAAAUGCGUAGGAAGUACUAACCUUGUGCCAGUCACAUAUGAAACGGUGCAAGGUUUCUUCACGAAUAGAUUGAAACACGCAUUAGAACGAUCUAAGGCCAAAGGUCUACGCAAAUCAACUAGCCGUGAAAGAAAAUUAAUAUAAAUUCUUGUGUACAUUUAAGAAACAUAAAAUCUUUCAUUUAUUUGCCUUACUUACUACAUAAAUCUAGCUCUAACAUUUUCUAUUUCAAUACGUGAAAUUAAACUUAGGUUAACGUGUGCAACAAUGGAAUAAACAAAUAUUCAGAACUAUUAUCUACACUAUA